AUGCCUCGUCGCUGGUACAACCCCGCGUGGUACGACGAGCACAUCCCGUCCGCGCCGUACGACCCGCUCGCGCUGCGCGUCGCGUUCGAGAAGGCCGUCGUGAAGCGGCUGAUGACGGAGGUGCCGUUCGGCAUGCUUUUAUCGGGGGGCCUCGACUCCUCGCUCGUCGCCGCCGUCGCGCAGCGUCACCUGGGAAAUCAGUGGGGUCCUCAGCUCCACUCCUACUGCAUCGGCCUUGAGUCUACUGAAGCGGCGGGGAAGCAGUGGGGGGCGCAGCUGCACUCCUACUGCAUCGGCCUCGAGGGCAUAGACGCGAUUUCCGAAGUGAUUUACCACACGGAAACCUUUGACGUCGCCACAAUCCGCGCCAGCACGCCCAUGUUUCUGCUGAGCCGCAAGAUCAAGGCGCUGGGGGUGAAGAUGGUGCUAUCUGGGGAAGGUAGCGACGAGGUGUUUGGGGGUUACCUGUACUUUCACAAGGCGCCCAGCAAGGAGGACUUUCACUGGGAGACAUGUCUUAAGCUCAAGGCACUUCACAUGUAUGAUUGCGUGAGGGCCAAGAAGGCCACGUCAGCAUGGGGGCUGGAGGUGCGGGUACCCUUUCUGGAUAAGGAGUUUCUUGACGUGGCAAUGAGCAUUGAUCCUCAGUAUAAGAUGAUUCGCAAGAAGGACAGGCGCAUAGAGAAGUGGGUCAUUCGACGAGCCUUUGAUGAUGAGGAGAGGCCUUACCUACCCAAGCACAUCCUCUACCGCCAAAAGGAGCAAUUUUCCGAUGGGCACAUCCUCUACCGCCAAAAGGAGCAGUUCAGCGAUGGCGUGGAGUACAGCUGGAUAGACGGGCUCAAGGCGCAUGCAGAGCGCAUGCACAUCCUCUACCGCCAAAAGGAGCAGUUCAGCGAUGGCGUGGAGUACAGCUGGAUAGACGGGCUCAAGGCGCAUGCAGAGCGCAUGGACAUUCUCUACCGCCAGAAAGAACAAUUCUCUGACGGCGUGGGGUACAGCUGGAUAGACGUGCUCAAGGCGCAUGCAGAGCGCAUGGUGUCGGAUCAAAUGAUGGCCAACGCUCCCAACCUCUUCACGCACCUCCCGCCCAAGACGAAAGAGGCGCUGUUUUACCGGCACAUCUUUGAGAAGCACUUCCCACAGGUAUGUGAGGCUCUUCAAACCUCUCCACUCCUCUUCACAUACAACACGCCCAAGACCAAGGAGGCGCUGCCGGCGCAUCUUUGA